AUGUCCAACCUCAUGCUUAACCUCCCCGGCUGUGUCGCCACCUGCGGCGGGGGCGCCAGCUUCUACGAAGACAUCGGCCCGCGACUCAGCACCUGGCUGAUUCCGAUUCUCCUGCUCAUCGGCAACGCACACAUGGCGCGCCUCGGACCGGAAAAGUACCUCGUCAUCCUGCACAUCCUCGGCGACCCGAUCGACAGCCUGUGGUCGCUCCUCACCAAGGCGGAGCUCUGGAGCCGCUGCUACGCGGCGGCGCGGACCUACAACCCGCCGCGCCCGCAGGAGGAGACCGAAUCCUACGAGCGCCGCAUCCUCGACAUCGGCACGGUGUACGCAGCCAUCGAGGAGCUCGUCGGGUCGGGGGCGGACAGGUUCCGCGCGCACUUCGAGCAGCUCGUCCGCGAGAAGCGGCCGGACAUGAGCACGGAGCAGUUCUACCACGUCACGAAGGAGGCCGCCAACGAACUGUCCGACAGCCGGUCCGUCGAGCUUCGACGCGCGGGGCUCGCCGUCGUCUCGUACCUGUACCACGUCGUCGCGGCGUUCGUCGACGUCAUCGGUGGGAAGAGCUCGAGUCCGCCGGGCGGCCGCAUCGGCACCAGUCUGCUGAUUUCGUGGCUGAUCCCGCUCGUGCUGGUGAGCAACGCGCUCGGCGGGUACACGUCGCGGCGGACGUGUCUGCGCAUCAUGGAGCGCUACGUCAAGACCGUCACGGGCCACUCCGUUGAGGACCUGCGCCGGUUCUCGGCGGACAAGAAGUCGCUGCACUUUCUUGUCGGCCGCCGGACCGCCGCUGUCACGGACUUCUACGCCGCGCAGCAAUGGAGCGGCGCGGUGUACUGCUACCAGCCGCGGAAGCGGCUCGGGUUCCGGGGUGGUUCGCGCGACAACAGUCCGUGGCUGCUGCUGGUGCUGGCCUCGCUGCCCGUGCUCGUUGCGACGGGCGUGGCCGUGGCGGAGAUUGUGGUUACGCCGACGACGGGGUUUGGCUGUCGGAGUGUGAUGCUCCUUGCGAUGUUCGCCCUGUGGGUGGCCAGCGCGUUCGUCACCUGGGCGACGAUGCGCUGGUCGGGGUGCCCAUUGUGCUGA